AUGCAACCCCCGCUCUCACUUUUCCACUACGAGAAAGAAUUUUCUUCGCGAUCAAGCGCGCAACGAUCACCAUGUCAACCCUCAUCAACAACACGAACGCGCAUCCGGCCAUCCUAUAUAACCUUACUACGUUACCAUACAUGUGUUCUCACUCUGUUCGAGGCGAGCUCGACGAGAGGCGACGGGGGCACACCACUGCACCGUCAAGCACACGCCAUGGCCGAGCUGCUCCUCGGGUUCCGCUUCUACCCGACGGAGGAGGAGCUGGUCUGCUUCUACCUCCGGAACAAGCUUGACGGCAUCCGCCGCGGAGACAUCGAGCGCGUCAUCCCCGUCGCCGACGUCUGCGCCCUCGAUCCAUGGCAUCUACCAGAGGUGCACCGUGGCGCGUGCGCCGGUGACGGGGAGCCGUGGUUCUACUUCUGUCCGCGGCAGGAGCGCGAGGCGCGGGGCGGGCGGCCGAGCCGGACCACGCCGUCGGGGUACUGGAAGGCGGCGGGCACGCCCGAGUGGGUCUACGCCGCCGACGGCCGCCCCAUCGGAACCAAGAAAACCAUGGUGUUCUACCGCGGCCGCGCGCGGGCCGGGACGAAGACCAAGUGGAAGAUGAACGAGUACAAGGCUUUCGACGACGCACAUGCCGCGGCCCCCGGACCGAGCUAUGCUCUCCAGACGAGGAGCGAGUUCAGCCUGUGCCGGCUAUACACCAGGUCCGGGUGCCCGCGGCAGUUCGACCGCCGGCCGAGCGAUGCAGCCGCGGCCGGCGGUGUCAGAGAGAGCCCGGCGCCAUCGUCCGCGACGGCUGCCUUGGCAAACGGGGAGGAAACGAGUCAGAAGAGGAAAAGAUCUCCACCAAAAGACGACACAUCGUCCAGCGACGGCGAUGGCGACCGCUCUAAGCAACAGCGCCCUCUGACACAGAGAGGCACCGAUGAGGGGCUCGUCGACGACAUGGCCGACUGGACAGAAUUCUUGGACUGGCUUUGAUAAUGUAAAUUAAUUUCCAUGGUCAGUCGUGCUAAGCAAAAUGCUCUCGAACUCUUUACGGUUUUCUGGAGAUCUUUUUUCGAGAAGUACACCAUUUUUUGGAUUUUUUCCCUACUGCCAAAUAAAUUUUGAAUAGCAAGUGGUUAGUUUUAGGGGAUAUCUUAACGUGGAUUCAUUUACCUAUGUACCUAAGCUUACAAACACAAAUUUUGUACCGAAACGGAAGAAUGAGACUUCAGAAAACGCUAGUUAACUAUAUUCUUGGGUUUGCUGAACUUUUCAUUGAUGCAAUGCA